AUGUCGAUAUCGACAAGGUGUAGGAAGGAAGAUUUGGAACAGCAACAUUUGCGCCGAUUAGCAGUUCUUGCAUGUGCAUUCUCAACAGCAGCCAUUAUUGCUGCAGUAAUUACUCUACCAACACUGCAUUCUUAUGUGCAAUCACUUCACAGCCACAUCACCGAUGAAACAGAAUACUGCAAGUCACGCUCACGCAAUAUGCUUGCCGAAAUGUCUGGAUUGCAAUUGGCAAGUAUGCGACGUUUAAAGCGAGAAUGGAUGUUUGGUCAUUGGGUGCCAACCAAGGAAAAUAGUAAUCAAGAGUAUGAACAUGCCUCUGCUGCUGUGAUCAAUGCAGAUUUGAAUACUUGUUGCACUUGCAAUCAGGGAUCAGCAGGACCUGUCGGACCUGAAGGAGAUCCUGGCAAUGACGGAAAAGAUGGAAUCAAUGGCAAAGAUGGGAAAAAUGGUGUUGACGGUCACGUAAAACCAGCAGUGCAUGCCGAUCUUUGUCUCAUUUGUCCUCCAGGACGUCCUGGUAUAUCUGGUAGCAUGGGGCCAAAAGGUCCACCAGGACCAAAAGGUACAUCAGGAGAUCUACCCAAAGAUGGAAUACGCGGUGAAACGGGAACGGUAGGACAACCUGGAGCAAUCGGAAAGCCUGGAAGAACUGGACCACCCGGAACUCGAGGAGCGCCGGGUCGUAUCAUCUACAUGACUGGUUCACAAGGACCACCUGGUCUUCAAGGUCCACAAGGGCCACCUGGUCCUAAAGGUAUUUCCGGACCAGAUGGACAAUCCUUUCCGGGACCUCCUGGACUGCCUGGAGAGACGGGACAACCAGGUCCAGAAGGACGGCCUGGAAAAAUAGGUCAACGUGGUACCCCAGGCGAACUUGGAGAACGCGGUACAUGUAGACACUGUCCAGUUCCAAGGAUGCCUUCUGGAUUCUAA